UAACACAGGACUGACCACUACACGAGGAACCAUGGAGACUUUUAAUACCAAACGUGGAUUAACUUCAUCUUUUUCUGGAGACAAUGUUUCUCUGCAGUGCGGUCCUAUGUGGAGACCAUGGACUGGAACAGGAGACACAACUGUGUUUAGGACUCAAGGAGAACUUUCUGCGUCUCAACAGCCCAAAACUCCUCAGGUCGUUCACCCAGUGAAGUUGUACUGGCCCAAAUCGAGAUGCUUCGAUUAUCUGUACCAGGAUGCAGAGAUGAUGCUGCGUAACUAUCCAGUCCAGGCGACCAUCUGCCCUUACGAGGACUCCAGCAGCGAUGAAGACACUGAUGAUGAAGAGGAGGAGAUGAUGGAGAAGGAGCUGAACUGA